UCUGCCUGUUUUGGGAUUGGAGUGGGGCAUUGCCACCAGAAAACCUGCAGAAUUCCGGGUUGUGCAGCCAAGCAGGAACAGGUGUACCUUACUAGACCCAUCCUCUUGCAAUCUUGGACCUUAAGGAAAGAUGUGGAGUGGGCUGCUACCUCCUGGCCUAAAUGAAAGUGAUGCUGAGUCAAACUCUGAAGAUGAAGUUACGUUGGAGAACUCUGGACUUACCUUACAGGAAGAUAAACAGGAUGAGAGUCUCAGAAAAACAGAAAUCAUAGGUUUCUCAACAGAUGAACCAAAAACUGAAACAGAGUCAAAUGUAAAUGCCUAUGAAAAGUGUCCUUCUGGAACUCCCAUAGACAUGUGGAAUACAUUUCAAGAAUUGCAUAAAAAACAUUCUGAACAGAAAAGCACAACCUCAAGAUUCAGAGGGAAAAAAAGAAAACGCUCCAGAAAAGAUAAAUUGAAGAAUGAAAAAGAAUCUCAUAGUGAACCAUCCUCAAAUGAAACCCAAUGGAAGGAGCUUACUCAGUAUUUUGGAGUCAAUGAUAGAUUUGACCUGCCUGUUAAAAGGAAAAAAGUUGAGAAGUCAGGCCUUGAAAAGAGAAUAGACCAGGCUGUGGAGGAGUGGAAUAUUGAGAAGGCUGAGGAACUUAGCAACCAGUUAGCUACUCAAGAGCUUGGUGUAAAAGUUGCCAAAGCAGUUGCCUGCCACAACUUUGUAAAAGCCAAAAAGGAGGUUGAAAAUUCACAGGCUGCCCGAAAAAAGAAGAAACUCACAUGGGGGUUUGAAGCAAAGAAGAGAUGGGAAACCAAAAGCAACAUGGGAUACAUGUAACUUGCCAGAAUGCUUCAAGACAUUUGUAGACUCGGAUGCUCAAUUUACUGAGAA